ACAACGGUGAUGUCACAUCUCGUUACGCCAUUUUUGUUGGGGCGCAGUCGUGUUCAGAAAAGGAGGAUUAGAUUCAGUAUAGGUACAUUAAACGGUACCUCUUAUAUCAAACCCUUUGAGUUGUCUGACAUUUGUGGGACACUUGCUUGCACAUUACACUCACACAAUGUCGUCAGAAAACCUGGAUUCGGACACUCAAGUGGACUACGAGGACGAAAAACAGGAUUCCCAGGAGAAAAAUGCAAACCCAGUCAAGGCUGAGGAGGCCAAGCUAAAGGCCAAGUACCCGGGCCUGGGCCAGAAGCCCGGUGGCUCAGACUUCCUCAUGAAGAGACUACAGAAAGGGCAAAAGUACUUCGACUCGGGCGAUUACAACAUGGCCAAGGCCAAGAUGAAGAACAAGCAGCUUCCUGUGGCUGGGCCUGACAAGAACCCGGUGACCGGUGACCACAUUCCCACACCGCAUGAUCUGCCCCAGAGGAAGUCCUCCCUGGUGACCAGCAAGUUAGCUGGCUAGCCUUCAUCAUCCCAGAAGCACCCUCACCCCCCUGGGGCUCCUGGAAAAUGUCCCUCUUCCUCCUCACCAAUGUCCCAGAUAUGUUCACCCCCUCCCCUCUCUUUCCUUUUCAUCCCCAGGCACCACUGGCUUUAACAUAUCGGGCAGAGUUGUAUACGCUAACUUCGUUUGCUUGUGUGUAGGUGGGGCGGGGUGGGAGGAACGGAGAUGCAGGCGGCCCACGAGGUUGCAGCUUUCUCUGCCUUUCCACCACACACAGCUCUGUCCCCUCUGCACACUCUGCUCUACCGCCUCCCUUAUGUCUUGGUUUUCCGUGUUCCAAGAUGCAUCGCAGUAGGUGUGUGUCAUCGAGCAGGGGUUGUAUGGGAUGAGUUAAUGCACUUUGUUUACUGUAUAGUAUGUUGAGUUUGUUUUUUUUUUGUUUUUUUUGCAUCCUGAAUGACACCAAAAUAAUGUGUGUAAGGGAGUUAGGAACCAUGAUCACAGUGUUCUUUGGGCAUUUUGUUCCCCUUUCUGUUCAUUGACUCCAUAGGGGAAAUAGAGUAAGUGAAUGCGAGCUACUUUUCAUCUCACCGUUCGGUCACCUUUCAUCAAACAAAACCUAAGGUCAUCUCCUGCAUGGUUCAAACAGGGGUUUAAAAGUCACUUUCUGUCUCUCUGCUCAUGUUGCUUUAUCUCUUGACUCCCUUUGCUCUUGUUCUCUCUAAAUAUGCUGCAUGAUUGUAACAAAAAAGAUGUUUAACAUGUUUGGUUUUUUUAUGGAAGUGGGUCGUCUUAAUUAUUGGAAGUAUUCAAACUAAGCUGACGUGUCCACAGUCACACUUUCCUCCUUCCUUUCAUUUUUGCUGUCCUGACAAUCUUUGUACACCCGCUGUUGUUCAUAGCCCAGGGCAAGAGCCAGCUGGGUAUAACCCUUGUAUUAUUUUCAACGACCAGGAACCCCACCAAUCUCUGAGUUCAGUCUUAGUUUGGUGGCUGUUGAGUUGCAUCAAAACAUGUUUACUAUGAACCUAAAAGAUUUGUGGGGGGAAUUGAAGAAACUCCAUAUAGAAUAAAUGUUUCUGUUAAUAAUACUCAAAACUGUGCUCUGAGGGCCAGACCAGCCAGCUAUCAGGCUCAGAGAUGGUGCGUAUACUUGUCUUUCCAAUGUAACUGGUACCAUCUAGCCAUGUGGCUCACGCCGUGAUGAGAUGAGUCAAACUGCAGCCCAGGCUAGUUCUGCCUCACACAAUGUUCGGAUCUCAUGGAGAUGUGAACAGUGAUGCAACCACGAUUGAAGCAUUGCUAAAAGUUAGCAUUUCAAUAUCUCUGCUCAAAGGUCACAUUAAAAGGACAGAAGUAACCACAGUCGUAGCCUUCACAGUUGUGCCCUGCAGUGGUGCAUGUGCAAUUGUUUUCACAUAUUUGGGACCGACCAAAAGAAUGACGACUACUUGCUGUGUUUAAAGGAUUAAAAAAAAAAAAAAAAAAA